AUGGAUCCACGUUCAUCCGUGGCGCCGAACCGAUCUGGAACGCGUGAGGUGAUGCGCCAAACAGGCAGCCAGCAAGAAUGGAGAAGUUGGUCAUCGGUCCGAGCAACAAUCCCCAACUUGCCUCGAGGCACAACGACCUACGACAUUCACAAAAACCUACAACGCUUUGGCAGGUUGGACUACAUCCGCAUUGAGGAAACCCCCGAGGGCGACUUCGCUAGAAGGGCCCAUGUUACCUUCAAACCACCUCCUCCUCGGAGAGCUCCGUGGGACCCGGUCUACAAGUUCGGCAUUGACUUUCCUCUUGGAAACCAAAACGGCGAGAGAGUGUACAAAGUCAAGGUCUGGUUGUCUGUCAAUCAACUCAAGGCUCAGGUCGUCGAGAGUCAUGUUCACGCCGGCCUCGAGUAUCCCGCCGAGAUGACUUUGUUCGGGACCUCGAUCGACUUCGGCUACUUACGAACUCCCACCCUGAUGGUUGCCAAGGCGAGCAAGUUCGAUGUCCAUGCCAAUGGCAUUAGACUGCUUCUAAAUCUUAAACGUCUGGAGUUGGAAGUUCACUUCCCAGUGAUGAUCAGGUCAAAAGGCAAGGCAACUGAAAGAGCCUACCGAUUCUUUGUCGCUCUCGAUGAUCAGUUCUCUCUGCGCGAGGUUCCAAACGGGCAGGCCUCUUCCUUGGUGAUCCAUGCCAAGCAUCCCCCGUGUUACUCGAGACAACUGAGAGAGGCCAUGCAACUGAGCCACGACCCGAGAUCGUUCAAGUGGACGGCGGACGAUACGUGGUCUCGACAAACCGACAUUGUCGAUGAGAAAUCCACUUUCCAAAAGAUUGACAGCAGUCCCGUCUCGGUUCAAAAGCUUUACAACACCAUCGACAUUGCCCGUUGGACAACCUUCCGGGUCACGGUCAAGCCAAGCACCCAUCCGUCUGAUAAUUCUCUGAAACAGUUUCUGAAGGCCCUCGCAGAUUUCAAUAUUCGCAUAACCCAAGAUCCCUCUUUCGAAGUUGUCAAGGACUCGAGCGGCGUAGCGCCUAUCUGGCGGAUGCUGGGCGAUACUUCCUCACAUCAAUCCUUGUCCGCCCAGUUAUCAUUGCCCUACGUUGACUUCGAGUUGAGAUAUCAACUUGAAGUCUGUAUCUCCAAAGGUUGGCUCAAUGAGUACACUUUGGACGACAAUUUCUUGCGACGCCUUACGGGAAUGCGGUCCGAGCAAGCCAAGCAGAUGCUCAUCCACGUCGAUUCUUAUCAGCAAAAGGUUUACGAUCCCAUGUCCAUCUUUACCGACUUGCGUUAUUCAAAGCCUGUACGUGCUCGUGCACUCCCAUCAAAUUGUGCAGAAUUAUAUCAUGCCACGGUCACUGCAACUGGGAUCCUGUUUCACACCCCAUCCGUUGAGAUCACCAACCGUAUUGUGCGCAAGUAUCGGCGCUUCAGCGAUCGAUUUCUGCGAGUGCGCUUCGAGGACGAUCCAUACAGGGGACAAACGAGACUCUACCCUGCGACAAAUGGCAGAAUGAAGCUCCUCUUUGAGAGAGUUCGUCGUACGCUCAAGAGGGGUAUUGUUCUCGGUGACCGGCACUACGAGUUUCUCGCGUGGGGCAACUCACAACUUCGAGAACACGGGGCCUACUUCUUUGCAUCUUCCAAAAACCCUCUUAUCACCGCCGACAGUAUUCGGAGAGACAUGGGCACCUUUGAUCACGAAAAGGUUGUAGCCAAGCGAGCCGCACGAAUGGGUCAAUGCUUUUCUACGACAAAGCCAGUCCCGGUGCUCAGCAAAAACAGUUGGAAAAGAGACCCCAUCCCCGACAUAGUCAACGGCCCAUACAAUUUCACCGAUGGAGUAGGUAAAAUAUCUCCUCUUGCUGCUCAGCUUGUCAAAACAAACCUCAAACUUGGCGGGGAACACCUCCCAUCGGCGUACCAAUUUCGGCUUGGCGGUUGUAAAGGGGUCCUCGCUGUGGAUCCUAGCCUCAAUGGUGUUGACAUCAAGAUCAGACCAAGUCAGUACAAGUUCAGCUGCGAAUCAGACGAGUUGGAGAUCAUUCGCGUCUCGGAGUUCUGGCAACCAUUCCUGAACCGUCAGCUCAUUCAGGUGCUCUCGGCGCUCGGCGUUCCAGAUGCGGUAUUUUUGCGCAAACAACGAGACUGUAUCGAGGCUUUGGACGCUGCUCUCGUAGAUGGUGCGGCUGCCUUACGAGCCCUGCGCGAGACCGUUGACCCCAAUUUAAUCACCCUCAGCGUUGCGGCCCUAAUCGAAGCCGGGUUCUCCCAGAUCCACGAGCCUUUUGUAGCGUCUCUUCUACGGCUUUGGAGAGCUUGGACGUUAAAAUACCUCAAGGAGAAGGCGAAGAUACCGAUCACUCAAGGCGCCUUUGUGCUUGGUGUUGUCGACGAAACGAGGACGCUUCGCGGCCAUAUUAACGAUAUUCAACCUAGCCCUGACGCAAGCCGCCAAGAGAAGGAGAAAUCUCUACCCGAGGUAUUCAUCCAAUAUACAGACCCGGAACAAAAGGGAGUCCGCCGUAUUGUCGAGGGAAUUUGUGUCAUUGCGCGUAAUCCGUCCUUGCACCGAGGCGAUGUACGAGUGGUCAAAGCCGUCAAUGUGCCACAGUUGCAUCACCACUGGGACGUCGUGGUUAUGCCAGCGACCGGUGAUCGUGACUUGCCCAGUAUGUGCUCAGGUGGCGAUCUCGAUGGAGAUGACUACAUCGUUACCUGGGACCCGGAUUUGAUACCCUCGGAAUGGAAUGCUGAACCGUUCCACUACAAUGCUCCGAAGCCGAUCCAGAAGGAAGAAAUAUCUAUCGAUGAUAUCAUCGAUUUCUUCUGUGACUACAUGCAAAAUGAUUUCCUCGGAAGAAUUGCUCAUGCUCAUCUCGCAGCAUCUGACUACCUCGCUGAGGGAAUCAGGAGCGAACAAUGCCUGAAGCUGGUCGAAUUACACUCGCUGGCUGUCGAUUAUCCCAAGACCGGUGUUCCCGCUGAGAUGAGUCGGGAUCUCGAACGAAACAACUGGCCUCACUUUAUGGAAAAGAAACGAAAUGAAUAUCCUUCGAAGAAGAUUUUGGGUCAAUUAUACGACGCGGUUGAGAGAGUGAAAUUUAAGCCGCACUGGUCAGGGACCUUUGAUCGACGAAUCCUCACACAUGCUCCGGCACCUGAGAUCAUGGAGACUGUCAGCAAUCUCAAAAAGAGUUAUGAUGAAAGGAUGCGGCGCAUCAUGGCUCAACAUCAAAUCGGCUCCGAAUUUGAGGUUUGGUCUACGUUUGUACUCCACCACAGCAAAGUCUCCAAAGAUUUCAAGUUUCACGAAGAGAUCGGACAGCAUGCCAAAAAUCUGAAGGAGCAAUAUUACGAAGCAUUCUGCCAGGAGGCUGGUGGACAUGACAGCGAGAAACUAAAGCCGUUCGCGAUAGCGGCUUAUCAUAUCACUCACGACGAACUUCGAGAGGCACAAGCAAAGCAACGAACCCUUUUGGAGGACGAGGCACAGCUUGUCGCUUCACAUGAAUUCGGCUCCGCUUCUGCCAAAAUGCCCUUCAUCUCUUUCCCUUGGGUGCUUCAGGAUACCCUUGUAAAGAUCGCGAGGAACACCGUUGUACACGACGCAGCGCAAAUAGUCGAGCAAAUGUCGACUGCUAGUGAAGAAGUCAUCAAGGUGGGGACUGUACCGGCAUCUGAAGGAGUUAGUCGCAAAUGGAUCUACCAGGGAGAACACCUGCCUGACCCAUACUCGCCCGUUGCAACAAGCUCAGGUGCCGCAGGAAUAGAAAUGACAGCGGCAACAGUCAACAAAAUAUCAAGCCCAGCACCGGAAAUUUCGCCGCCGCCUCGCCGACAAGACCCCUUAGAAAGGAUUCUACCGAUCAGACCACAAUCUAUCGACAUAUUUGGAAAUUCAGAAGAUCAUUUUGCAUCCGAUAUCAGCUCGAUGGUUUCAAGCAACGUCCCUUCGGUGGUCUCAAGCAGCGUGACUGCGUCUACUAAUUCGGAUGAUAUCGACUUACUAGCCUCACCUACGAACCUGUCAUCUGAGAUUUCAACGCCCUCUUCCCCGAUCUCAGGCUCCCGUGUGACGGCUCGUUUCCAGCGCCCCAUCGUGUCGACUACGAGCAAAGGACCUUCAUUUGUGGUUCACGAGAAGUUGCCGCUCAAAGACCCAAUCCUGAUGACAAAUGAAGAGCUUCGUGACAUCGAGGGCGACAGCGGUGACGAGGAUAAUUAUACUUUCUAA